AGGAGACCCAAUCGGUACAUAUUUGCAAAUUUCUUUCCCUGCAUCUGAUCUGAUAUCUCGGGAGGGGUUUUCAUUCUCUUUGGAGAAGAAGAGCAGCAGAUCAAAUGAUUGCGACCAAGAGAUCGUUGCAAUGGAUGCUGGGAAGGGCGAUUGGGGCGAGGAGCAUGUGCGCCCUUCCCCACAAAUCCGCCCCCUCCUCUUCCGAGGAACUGAUGAGAAUGGAACACCAGUAUAGCGCUCAUAAUUAUCAUCCGAUUCCUACGGUAUUUUCUCAAGGGAAGGGCACUUGUAUAUGGGACCCUGAAGGCAACAAGUAUAUUGAUUUCCUAUCUGCUUACUCUGCAGUCAAUCAGGGACAUUGUCAUCCAAAAGUCACGAAAGCCUUGAUUGAACAGGCUGAAAGGCUUACUCUUAGCUCUAGGGCCUUCUACAAUGAUAAGCUUCCAAUCUUUGCAGAGUACCUCACACGCAUGUUUGGAUAUGAAAUGAUGCUGCCAAUGAAUACUGGAGCUGAAGGUGUGGAAACUGCUCUGAAAUUGGCACGUAAAUGGGGUUAUGAGAAGAAAAAAAUACCCAAGGAUGAGGCUAUCAUUGUGUCUUGUUGUGGAUGCUUUCAUGGUCGGACCUUGGGUGUAAUAUCUAUGAGCUGUGACAAUGACGCUACUCGUGGUUUCGGUCCCUUGGUUCCAGGUCAUCUCAAAGUUGAUUUUGGUGAUGCUGAUGCCCUUGAGAAAAUCUUUAAAGACCAUGGCGAUCGAGUAUGCGGAUUUUUAUUUGAACCUAUUCAAGGAGAGGCAGGAGUUAUAAUACCACCAGGUGGUUAUUUGAAAGCUGUCAGAGAACUAUGCUCUAGACACAACAUUCUGAUGAUUGCUGAUGAAAUUCAAACUGGCAUAGCCCGCACUGGAAAGAUGCUGGCAUGUGAUUGGGAAGAUGUUCGACCUGAUGUUGUGAUCCUUGGAAAAGCUUUAGGUGCUGGAGUAAUACCUGUUAGUGCAGUUCUUGCUGACAAAGAUGUCAUGCUAUGUAUCAGGCCAGGAGAGCAUGGAAGCACAUUUGGAGGGAAUCCUUUGGCUAGUGCAGUGGCAAUUGCUGCACUUGAAGUAAUCAAAGAUGAAGGACUAGUUGAGAGGGCUGCCAAGAUGGGCCAGGAAUUCAGGGAUCAGUUAAAGAAGGUUCAACACCAGUUCCCCAAAAUAAUUAAAGAGGUCCGGGGAAGAGGGUUGCUCAAUGCAAUAGACCUGAACAACAAAGCUCUGUCUCCUGUUUCUGCUUAUGAUUUAUGCAUUAAGUUAAAGGAGAGGGGCAUUCUUGCUAAGCCAACACAUGACACUAUAAUUCGUUUAGCUCCUCCACUCUCCAUAAGUUUGGAGGAGCUCAGUGAAGCAUCAAAGGCUUUGAAUGAUGUAUUCGAGAUUGAUUUGCCAAAGAUGCAGAAGCAGAAGCCUAAACUAGAAAGCCCAGCGGUUGAGCAAGCAUGCGACAGAUGUGGGCGGCGAAUGUACGACACCACCGAUAUGGAAAACUAGCUUCGUUUUUCACAGAGAGAGAGAGAUGGAUGAGUGAAAUAUUACAUUCUAUUGCAGUUCUCACCUUACCUGUGCUGAAAAAUAGUUGAAUAAUACAAUGAUGGUUCCACCAUUUUCAUCAUCCCAUUUGCUUGUAGAAGUUCAUCCCUUGUAAUUGCAAUCUAUUAUUAUACUCCACCUCUUUUAUGUUAGUCAAGUUGAGAAUUUUUCUUGA